AUGGUGAGCAACAUUGGUGAUGGUCAUGAUGGUGAUGGUGGAACCAAGCUAGCCGGUUCCACCGAACCAACCUGCCACCGACCUGGUCUAGCCACCAGCCCGCUAGCCCACCCUGUGGCCCACACGUCGGCCCACCAGGCCCAACCAUCCCAAGACGUAUAUAAUCCCCAAACCCUAAUCCCAAUCCAUCUACAUCCACAUGUGGCCACCAGCCCCUACCACGCGCCGCCACCCACCAGGAGCACGGCCGUCUUCCCUAGAUUUGCGGCGACGCGGGGUCUCACUGGCCGGCGACGGCUGCCAGCGCGUCCCACUAACGACGACAACGUGGCUCCUCCUUGUCUGGCGACGGUAAGACCUCGCCCCUCCCUGAGCUCUGUGGUGACGCGGCGCCACCUCUCCUUGUCUGGCGACAGGGUGGCCCUGACCCUUCUCCGACCUACAGCGGCGAGGCCCUCCUCCAGCGACGAGUUGAUGUGCUUGCCCUCACCGGCCACGGCAUGGCUCGUUCCCACCAUCUACCGUGAUGCCUCCAUCCACCCGACGCUGGUCUGCCCAGCGCGGAACAGUGCCUCCCAACGAUGGUGUUACCAGCUCGGCACAGAUCUUUUCUCUUAUUGGCAGAUCGUCGAGGUCGUCAAACAGCUGGCCAGGGAGGCCACGACAGUGGUGGAGCUUUUGAUGGUUGGAAGAAUUCCUCUCCAUUUGGUGUGAGAGGUCAACGGUGUUAUGGAUCUUCCUCCUCACUUUAGCAUGCUGACCUUUCUCCUCUCUGCAGCACGGCGAGCAGCAUGCUCAUCCUCAUCUAACGGAGGAGUAGGGUCUGUUGUAGCAGCGAGAUCCAACAGUUGGGUGAAAUGUAUACUUAGUUAUACUAGUUUCUAUGCAUGGUGGAACUGUGGUUUUCAAAGUUGCUGGGGAUUUGUAUGCACAGAUGCAUUGCUCAGAUGUCCAAUAUGAUCCUCCUUUUUUUUAAUCCUAGCAGUAGAUACAAAGAUCCACGUUUGUGGUUUGUGCAUAAUUCAUCUUCAUUGUUUUGUUUGUAGAUUUUUGAGUUAUUAUGCAUGUGUGCAUAAGUUUCUAUGCAUCUGAGCACAAUUCUUCUAUGCUUAGUUGUAUGGGUUUUAUCUAAUUUUUGGUUGCAGCCUUAGAUUUUUUCUAUGCAUGUUGUAUGAUAUAUCCUCAGUCUUUCUAUGCGUAUACUCAAAACUUUCUCUGAUUUGUUACUCCUAUUUUUAUACAUUGUUUGGAGCACAUUUUAUACAUUUUGUUGUUGGUUGGGUGCUAAGAUUUUUUUGCAUGUUGAUCCGAAGGAAAGAUAAUAGUUUUUAUAUUUGCAUGUAUAGAUUUAGAUGCAUGGUGAAACUGUAAUUAUGCUUAGUUGUAUUUUGUUUCCACCCUAACUGAUUUCAAAUUUUAAUUUUGAAGAAGUUUGUAUACAUUGUGGAGCACUCUUCUAUGCACUAUUGGAAUAAUUCGACAUAUAUUGUUUGAAUAAUUAUCUCUAUGUACCUACGCAGCCUUGGAUUUUUUGUUCAGAUGCAUUGUGGAGCACUUUUUUAUGCACUGUUAGAAUAAUUAUUUGCGCAUAUUUCUUCUAUGCUUAGUUGUAUGGGUUUUAUCUGAUUUUUGGUUGCAGCCAUGGAUGAAUAGGUGGUUUGCAUGAAAUGAAAAGCUAUCAACGCAAGUAAGCAAGAUUUCUAUGCUUUGAUUUUGACUUUUAUGCAUUUCUUUGAUAUUAUGUGCAAUGAAUAUGUUUUUGUGCAAUUGACUUUGGAUCUCUAUGCUUCAUGGGUUCUAUGCUUGAUGAAUUAAGAUUUUACACAUUCAGAACCAUUAUGGUGGCAAGUCCACUGCAUGAUGCAGUCCACGGCCGCAGUGCUGGUAUGAAGCAGCGGUGGUGGUUGGUGGCGUGUAGUUCACAUCGGCGGCGCUAGUGCGAAUCAGCGGUGUUGGUCGAUUGGAUGGAAGAUAGCAAAAGAGCAGCGCGACGCGACCAAGGAUUUUUGCAUUUUGUUUGUUGAAUUUGGUAUUCUUAUGCUUGUGUGCAUAAGUUUCUAUACUCACAAUGGAGCACUUCUAUGUAUUUUUGUAUUCUUAAUGCUUGUGAGCAUAAGUUUCUGUACAUUGUUGGAGCAGGUCUAUGUUGUUUUCAUGCGA